CAAAUCGGUUGCGAUUUCCUUCCGGCGAAUCCGAUAAUGUAACUUGAUCCGUUAAUCUAUUUGCAAUUUUGAUUUAAUCGUAGUGGGUUAGUGUAGUUUACAGUCAACCGUUUAAAAUGUCCAAUCAAAAUCAACAGUUCCAUACCAUACCGCUGAAUAGUGUCGAAUCGCAAUGGGAAAUUUUAUUCAAUCAAUUUGAUAAAAAUCGUGAUGGAAAAAUAUCCAUUAAUGAAUUGCAUCAUGUUUUAAAACAAGGAGCUGGUGAUCAAUAUAAUGUACCUCCUAAAGUCUUAGCAAUCAUUGCACACAAAGCUGAUCAUAAUCAAGAUGGAUAUAUUAAUUUUAGAGAAUUUUUAAAUUUAAUGGAAGAAGAACCUAUAGCUCACAAUUUAACUGCAAAUUUUGUUAACAAAUACAUUCAUUAUACAAUUGUACCUAGAGGCCUGCCUAAAUUGAGGACUGCUGGAGUGGAUCUUACUGAUGGUGAUUAUGAAGAUGAAUAUUCUUGCAAUCCUCCUGCAUUGUGUAUGAUUAUUAUUAGUCUAAUCGAAGUACUCUUUUUCUCUUGGGAUGUAUUGAAAUUAAAAUCGACUGAGUCAAUCCAAGGACCUGUGGCAUCAACUUUUAUCUAUAAUCCUCAUCGUAGACAUGAAGCUUGGCGUUAUGUGACUUAUAUGUUUGUACAUGUUGGGCAGACUCAUUUAACAGUAAACUUAAUUGUUCAGUUAUUACUUGGAGUUCCAUUGGAGAUGGUACAUCGUGGUUGGAGAGUAAUCCUAAUUUAUUUUUCUGGUGUUAUAGCUGGUUCACUAGCAACGUCUGUAACAGAUCCUUCAGUUUAUUUAGCUGGUGCUUCUGGAGGUGUUUAUGCUUUAAUUACAGCACAUAUAGCCACUAUAAUUAUUAAUUGGUCUGAAAUGGAAUUUGCAAUUUACCAAUUGUUGAUAUUUGGAUUUUUAAUAAUUUUUGACACGGGAUCAUCUAUUUACAAUAGAUUUUUCGUCGAUGUGGACAAUCGGAUUGGUUAUACUGCACAUUUGGCUGGUGCUGUGGCUGGUCUUCUUGUUGGAGUAUAUACAUUACGAAAUCUUAAUGUCCGUCCAUGGGAAAAAAAAUUAUGUUGGUUUUGUUUUGUCAUUUAUGUAUUGGCAAUAGGCUCAGCUAUAAUGUGGAAUGUAAUAUUUCCGGAGUAUUUUCCCAAAGAGUAUUAUUAAAAAUCAAAAAUUUUUUUAUUUAUAGUACAACAACAAACAAAAUCAAUUAAUUUUAAUAACUGCAUAUUGUGUUACAACACAUAAACACGCAGCUUUAAAAAUGUUAUAUAUACAUAAUAUAUAAAAUGUUUGAAAUCACAUAAUUUUUUUACAAUAU